AUGCCUCGUAUUGUCCGUCACCUGCGCUCGUUUCAUGUUGUGCGCUCCCUCCAACUUGAGGAUUUUGCUGCAUCCACGCUGGAGGAGCUGCGGCCGACAUGCUUGUCAACAGGUGCCGCCGGCGACGAACAAGGGCAGCUCGGCUGCAGGUCCUCCGGCUCGUCCCUUGGCCCGUGCCGACACUCGCACGCCGUCUUCACCUCGUCCCUCGCAUCACCCGCAAGACGUCCAAGCCCCGGCUCCGUGCAUCCAAGCCAAGCCCGCCUGCAGACUGCACCCCCCGAGCCGACAGCCCCGUGGGCCGAACCUCGACCAUCGAGCCUCCUGCGCUGCUGGCUAGCUCGCGGCCUUUGGCGGGUGGGUGAUGCCCGGCCGGGGAAGUUGGCGCCUUGGCGUGGUGCGUCCUCCCGGGUGCAAGAUGCGGCGGCUGUUACUUGGACAUUUUGGGCCUUUGCAAAGACGCGGCACGUGGAAGCUGCUGGCAUGCUAGUUGUCGUUGCGGAUCGACGGAAUCCCGUCCCGCCAUCUUUCGUGCUGCAACUUUUAGAACCUGUAGAGCCUUGGAUAGCACCACGUAGUCUUUUACAAAGACGCGGCUGCAGAAGCCAUCAAUAA